AUGUUAAUCCCCCUUGGCCAUCUGCCGACUGGGCAGGUAAAGGCUCUGUCUGGGAAGCAUGGCGUCGAACAUGCCCACCGACUUCUCCAGCCCGCCGACUCUAUUCUUCGCUUGGAUCUGGUUCGGCGGGUACAGCUGGAGCCCGUGACCGUCUUGCUGAGGGCUAUUACGCAUGGCAAGCUCGUUUGCUUUGGUGGAGGAGGAGGAGGAUCUUCGCCGAAAAGGGAGAUGGGGACAGCCAGCGGCACCGGCACUGGAAGCGAAUUCUCGUUCGCUCGGGAAACGGGUUCUCGGACUGUCGACUUUUGCAAGAACCCUGGUCAACGAUAUGAACAGAGCCACUUUUUCUCGGAUUGGCGCACUUAUCCGUUAUUGGUGCCCAUCUUCUCGCCUGGUCGUGCUCAAGGCUUCACCGACAUCAGGAUACCGAGUCAUUACUACUAUGGUGGUACUAGAAGAUACACAUAUGCUUGGGACCCAAUCAAUUUAGAGCAGCGGGUUACGGAUCCAAUGGAGGUACCUUGGGAGAAAAAACGAGAUGCUGUCUGGUGGCGCGGGGCGAGCACUGGUGGAGGAAGCAGUCCAUCUGGUUUUGGUCAUGGGUACCAGCGUCAUCGUUUUCUGCGGAUGUCCUCCGUUGGACAUGUACCCACCACUGGUGCAGAUGGUGAUAGGACGACGGCAGUGACUUUUGAAGUCAGUGACAAAUCGGCAGUCGAGAACGAAAAGCUUGAAUCAUCAUCAUUAUCCGCGUCGGCGUCUACUUCUGGUGCUCCAACUUCUUCAUCUGUCGAUAAGGGUUUCCGGACCUCUCGCGUUCCACUCGCUCGCUUGAAUAAAGAGGUCAUGGAUGUCGCAUUCGUCAAGGAAGUCGUCCGUAUUGCUCCGGAGCAUCGUGUUGGGGAUAGCGUCGAGCUUGGAGUCAGUUGGGGCUAUAAAUAUCUGCUCGAUUUAGAUGGCAUGGGCUACAGUGGGCGGUUUAUGGCAUUUCUCGCCAGCGACAGCGUGCCGCUCAAAAACACUAUCUAUGACGAGUUCUUCAGUGGAUGGAUAGAGCCUUGGUUGGGUUCAUUAUAUCCCCCUCCCGAUGUCCUAUUCGGAGCUCCCUCUGUCCUUGAUGCCGCUGGGUUGGCGAAAACACCAUAUUAUGGAGCUCCACCUUCCGGUGACUGGGAAGAUGAGGAGGACGAGGAGAUCGAGCCUGGCGACAAGCAACGACGGCAGUACGAGGUCCAGAGGCAGAUGAGCGUGGUCGACCCCGGAAGGAGUGUCGCUACUGGGGAGGGCGACAGACGGGCACGAAGGAUUGCGAGAGCUGGGAAGCAGUGGAAAGCGACAAUGGGGAGGAAGAUCGACAUGGAAGUAUAUGUGUAUCGACUGGCCAUCGAGUAUGCUCGAUUGUGGGCAGAUGACCGAGACCUCAUGAGCUAUACUGGGCCAUGA